AUGUCUGAUGAACGCGAAAAUAAAGAGUCAUCUACUACUGUCCACCUGGGCACUAAAGAUGAUCAACGCAUUGUUUUUUGCUACACGUCAACUUUCUUGAAUAAAAUGUACAAAAUCAUUGUUGAGUCGAUCUCCAUAUUGCUGCUUUCAUAUGUCUCUUUCCUGUAUAGACCAACAUUCAGCUACUUAUCUUUCCUUCUACUUGUACUAUCUACUAUAAUCUUCAUAUGGCGACAUAUGACAGCGAGGCACGUCCGUGACAGAAAAUUUCAGACUGCGAUGGGAAUCCGUGGAGUUUAUAGAAAAGGAUCAAGAAUAUCCUCGAAAGUGAGCAUGUGUUGA